AUGCGUCUCCCCCCUCUCAGCUCGUCGCCGGGCCUUCACGACUGCAGGAAGAGCCUCCCAAAGAGACGGCCGAAAUCGCAAUUGGCGGUACCGCCGCAGGAGACUGCUCCAGUCCCAACGGGGAGUCAGCCUAUCGACAUCCCGCGGCGCGGAUCUGGUUAUAGUACGCGCAAUUCGAGCAGCCCCUCUUCAAGUUCUCGAGCGCCGCCAUCAGGGCCCCCUACCGGAGAGCGGGUGGUCCGCCCCCUUCCCACCCGUCUUCACGAACGGGCGGCUUCUCCCCUACGAGUGUCCGAGAGCAGCCGCAGGAGUCCGCCGUCCGCGUUCUCGUACUACGAGCCUGAGUUUAGCUUCUCCGUCGGAUCGACCGCCUACGAUGUAACCACGUUGCUGCCGUUGAGGGGGGCCACGAUCCUGUCCCCUGACGGUGCUGAGCCGCCGCCUACAUCGGUAUCUUCCGCGGCCAGCCCCAGGUCGCCAGAGGUUGGUGGUUCAUCGAAUGCCUCCUACAUAGCCCAGACUCUGCAGGAGCCCGGUUCCGAGCCGCAGGACGCGAGCCGCUUAGGAGCCGAAGGCACCGCAAGUGCCUUGGGAACGAAGAGGCGACGGGGGAAAGACAAAGACAGCACGAGUUCGGAAGGUUCAGAAGUUCCGCAUCCCCCAAAGUCGAAGAAGAUCUCAAUUGCCUGUAACAAAUGCCAACAGCGGAAAUCGCGUUGUGAUGGGCAAAGGCCAAUGUGCGGAGCUUGCAUCAGGCAUAAUACUCAUGACUGCCAGUACGCAGCAGUUGCGAGGCGGCGCGGGCCUGGCAAGAACGUCCAAGGGAACUCCCGACGGCCUGGGCAGCGGGCGGGAUCGAGUGGCAGCAAACCAAAAGCGAGGCGCGGGAGGGGCAAGGACAGAGGCCCCAGCCCGCCGGACGCUUCCCUUGAGCCGUCUGAACCGCUGUCAGCGAGUGGUCUGCCAGGACCGGGCCUGACAGCUUCGUUCCCAUAUGCGCGCGCGGCAUUCGAACCACAGUUGUCUGGACCAGUGCCCAACUAUCCCGGCCUCGCCUACCGUCCGCCGUCAUACCACCCCGCGUCCCGUCCAUUCACGUUCCUCAGCGUUCGCCCCGGUCCGACCAGUCGCAGUACCACAUCUGGCUCCGUCUCUGAGAGCGUCCGGUCCUCCACCACGACCUCCUCCGCCGCCCCCUCCAUCCCUGACAUAGAGGAGCUCGAGGCAGCCUACCUCGACAUGACAGAACUGGACACGUACGAUGAAUUCCAGGGCCUCACCAUCGACCAGGGCCGGCCUCCAUCCAACGAUCCCCCCCAGUGAGCCUUCCCGGUGCAACAUGAGG